GCUCCGCCUCGCUGCCUACUGCCUACCUGCCAGCCACCCAGCCCGCAUGUCAUAUGACUCAGCAGCCUCCUCGGUGACGCAUCACGAACGGAAAUGGGGGGGGAAGGAGAAGAAUAGAGUAAAAGAAGAAGGGGAAAAAAACAAUUCCCCGUCUGGUAAAAAAAUUGUCACCAAGCUGAGAGAAGCCUGCGCCGUCCAGUCAGCCCAACCCGCCAGUCCGCCAGUCCGCCAGUCCGCCGGGCUCUGGACUCUGACGAUACCGCACACCGGGAGCCGGGCAGCCUCUCGUCUUGGCAUCUCGCCGCCAACUACGCCGGGUCUAGUCUCUGAGAAAUCCACUCUCUUCCAAAACCCAUUCCGUCCUGCAACUGCGUUCGAGUCUGCUAUCAUUCGGAAUAACUUAGCAUCAAGACAUGACCCUGUCUAAUCGUCCGUGGCCCCGACACAGCCACACACAUAGGUACCCCGGACGCGCGCCUCCAAAAGGGGAGAUAGAGAGAGAGAGGCUGAUGAACGAAAUAUAUGUCGCACUGCGCACUGCGCCCAGCACCCACCCCCGCUCCUCCCACUCCUCGGCCGGCUGGCCGGCCUUUGUGAACACCGACUUUGACGCAUGCGGCGGUGCCCUUCCCAUGGAGACGGCCCACGCUAUGAGUCGUGCCAAUAUACUCUAACAAAUGGAGCAAGACCCUGGGAAACUUCCCUCGUCGUGGGAGUUUGUUUUUAUUUUUGGCACGAGUCGUGCAGGACAAAAGGGGGAUCCGACAUUCUGAGGGGCAAGCUGUCACGGGGGAUGCCACAUAGGGGCCCACGGGUCGUUCGUCAGUGGGUUUGGAUUGCGCAAAGCGGGAACCGUUGCAGCUCAUCGACUCAACUGUGAUCGACACCCUGUCCCCCUCGUUCCACAUGCUCGGAUUCGCCUGAGUAAGAGAAGGAAAGGAGGGGGCAAAGAGUUCAAAGGGUAUCAUGGAGCAUGGUUCCAGAGUCCCGUGAGUUGCUUACCCUUUUGGCUUCCCUCCCCGCACCCGAAAGCGAUAGAGGGACAGUAAGAGUCAUUCUCUGGUGAUGGUCAGAUAAAGCCGCCGAUAAUCGUGGUUAAGCUGGUGACUAAACGCCAGCGACAACAACCCCAUCACUAUCGCCGCCGACACCGGUCUUGUUGGUCACGUUGUCACAAGCGCUCGCAUCUCUACCCCGAGGCCGCGUGCGCGCGCUGCUACCUGGCAGGCCAAACAAGGGCGUGUUAUCGUGAAGACACAGCGCGUACGCGUAUCUUUACAUACACCGAUCGAUGUUCGCGGCACCUUGUUAGUCCAUUCUGACCACAUUCGUCGGGGUUGGGACUUUCGUCUUCGCGCAACUGGACAGUUGAUACCCUUGCACCUCCCCGACGUCUAGGAUUUAAUGACAAGCGUCUCCGUAGUGUGUAAGCUGGGGGGGAGGAGGAGGGGGGAAGGAUUUCCAACGAGAUCUGAUCUGAGAUGAGAUUCACGGCGUAAGCUCAUGCAAGGCUAUACUUCAGCUGCCUACGCGUGAAGAACUGCACACUGCGGUAGCGAUGGCUGGACUGGCUAGCUAGCAGCCGCCUGGUAGCCUGUUUGCGAACUUGUGAUGACCAGUUGGACCAAAAGACCAAUAGGCCCGCCCCUCUUGUUCCCUUGGUGCUUUGCCUUGUGGAAGUUGUGAUGCUGGCGAUGCUGGGGUCGCCGGU